GUUGCAAAUAAAAGAACAAAUUUAGAAGAACAUAGGCAAACUUUCUAUAUAAGUCUUUGCUCUUCCAAAUUCCAAAAUACUCCCCAUAUUUCAGUGAAACCCCCACAGAAGUCCAGACUAGAGACUAUUCCCCCAAUUUUCUUGCUUUCAUCCUUCAUUGAUUCACAAAAAGCAUUGAAAUUCAAUCAAUUAACUAUGAUCAACCCCUUGAUUUAGCAAUUACUGAGUAAACAAAAAUGAAUUCUUGCAAACCCCAAUUCAUACUCUUUCUAAUUGUCUCUUUUUCUCUCCUCUUACCCUCAGUUUUUUCGUGGAAAAAAGAUGAAUUUCGCAAUUGCAAUCAAACUCCAUUUUGCAAACGAGCUCGUUCUCGACAACCCAAUUUCUGUUCUCUUAUAGCCAUUGAUGUUGAAGUUUCUGAUGGGGAUCUCAUUGCUAAGUUAAUCUCAAAAAACCCACCUCAAAUUGACGAAAAAACGACAGAUUCAAAUGAGGAAAAUGAAGAAUCUCAAGAUAUUGUUCAAAAACCUUUGAUUUUAAGGGUUUCAGCUUAUCAAGAUGGAAUCUUGAGGCUUAAAAUUGAUGAAGAUCCUUCCUUAAAUCCUCCAAAGAAACGUUUUGAAGUACCCACUGUGAUUGAAAACAGUUUUUCGGAGAAAAAGCUGUGGUUGCAGCGUUAUUCAGAGGAGAAAAUUGAUGGGGAUUUGGAGCUAUCUUCAGUUGUUGUUUAUUUAAGUGAUGGGUAUGAAGCUGUGCUUAGAAGAGAUCCAUUUGAGGUAUUUGUGAGAGAUAAAAAUGGAGGUAAGCGUGUAAUUUCAAUUAAUUCACAUGGUUUGUUUGAUUUUGAACAAUUGAGGGUGAAAAAGGAUGGGGAUAAUUGGGAAGAAAACUUUAGAAGUCAUACUGAUUCUAGACCUUAUGGUCCUCAAUCUAUUAGUUUUGAUGUUUCAUUUUAUGAUGCUGAUUUUGUUUAUGGUAUUCCUGAACAUGCUACUAGUCUUGCACUUAAGCCUACUAGAGGUCCUGGUAUUGAACAUUCUGAACCUUAUAGGCUUUUUAACUUGGAUGUGUUUGAAUACCUUCACGAAUCACCUUUUGGGUUGUAUGGUUCCAUUCCUUUCAUGCUUGCCCAUGGUAAACCCCGGGGGACUUCUGGGUUUUUUUGGUUGAAUGCUGCUGAAAUGCAAAUUGAUGUUCUUGGAGAUGGUUGGACUUCUGGGGAGUCAAAACUUUCGCUCCCCUCGGAUCUGAAGAGGAUUGAUACUUUGUGGAUGAGUGAAGCUGGUAUAGUUGAUGCAUUUUUCUUUGUGGGUCCUGGUCCUAAGGAUGUAGUUAGACAGUAUGUGUCUGUAACCGGAAUGCCUGCAAUGCCGCAGCUAUUUGCUACGGCUUAUCAUCAAUGUAGGUGGAAUUAUAGGGAUGAAGAGGAUGUUUAUCAUGUUGACUCGAAAUUUGAUGAAAAUGAUAUUCCCUAUGAUGUUUUAUGGCUUGAUAUUGAGCAUACCGAUGGAAAGAAGUAUUUUACUUGGGAUAGAAUGUUGUUCCCUAAUCCGGAGGAGAUGCAGAACAAGCUGGCGUCUAAAGGAAGGCGUAUGGUUACUAUUGUUGAUCCACACAUAAAGCGGGAUGAUUCGUAUUAUAUACAUAAAGAAGCUACAGAUAAAGGGCUUUAUGUUAAGGAUGCUACUGGGAAGGAUUUUGAUGGAUGGUGUUGGCCUGGUUCAUCGUCGUACUUAGAUGUGUUGAGUCCAGAGGUCAGGGAAUGGUGGGCAGAAAAAUUCUCGUACAAGAAUUAUGCUGGAUCAACACCCUCAUUAUAUAUUUGGAAUGACAUGAAUGAGCCUUCUGUAUUUAAUGGACCUGAGGUUACAAUGCCUAGGGAUGCUCUGCACGUUGGAGGCGUUGAACACCGGGAGCUUCAUAAUGCCUAUGGGUAUUAUUUUCACAUGGGCACAUCUGCUGGACUUGUGAAGAGAGGUGAGGGGAAGGAUAGACCAUUUGUUUUGUCAAGAGCAUUCUUUGCUGGGAGUCAAAGAUAUGGAGCUAUAUGGACUGGAGAUAAUACUGCUGAAUGGGAACAACUAAGGGUGUCAGUACCUAUGGUCUUGGCCAUGGGACUGACCGGCAUAACUUUUACUGGUGCCGAUAUUGGGGGCUUUUUCGGCAAUCCUGAACCUGAAUUGCUGGUGCGCUGGUAUCAAUUGGGUGCUUACUAUCCUUUCUUCCGUGGACACGCCCAUCAUGACACUAAAAGAAGAGAACCCUGGCUGUUUGGUGAGCGUAACACAGAACUAAUGAGGGAUGCAAUCCGCACCCGUUACAUGUUGCUUCCAUAUUUCUACACGUUGUUUAAAGAGGCAAACACUACUGGCGUUCCCCUUAUGCGUCCUUUGUGGAUGGAAUUCCCCACUGAUGAAACUACUUUCAACAAUGAUGAGGCCUUUAUGGUUGGUAACAGUAUUUUUGUGCAAGGAGUGUACUCCGAGAAAGCUAAGCACACAUCGGUAUAUCUUCCCGGAGGACAAUAUUGGUAUGAUAUGAGAACAGGAACUGCUUACAAGGGAGGUGUGACCUAUAAAUUGGAGGUGUCUGAUGAAAGUGUUCCUGCUUUCCAAAGGGCAGGGACCAUCAUUUCCAGGAAGGACCGCUACCGCCGAAGUUCCACCCAGAUGGUGAAUGAUCCAUACACACUGGUGAUAGCUCUGGAUAGUUCUCAUUCAGCAGAAGGAGAACUUUACAUUGAUGAUGGCAAGAGUUUUGAAUUCCAGCGUGGUGCCUAUAUUCAUCGCCGUUUCAUAUUCUCUGAUGGCAAGCUUACUUCUAUAAACAUAGCACCCUCAGGAAAUGCCGAUAAAUUAUUCACUACAGAAUGUGUAAUCGAAAGGAUUAUACUUUUAGGACACACAUCACGACCAAAAAGCGCCCUUAUCAAGCCUUUAAACAAGGAGAUUGAAAUCGAGAUGGGCCCCCUCCGGCUUCAGCGCUCUCAAAUGGCAUCUGUUCUGACAAUCCGUAAGCCUAAUGUUCGUAUAUCUAACGAUUGGACUAUACAAAUUUUAUGAGCUCCGUCCAGCCUCUGCACUCGAUGAAGACUAUUUUUUAUUAAGCUUGGCUUUGUGGUACGAAUGUAAUGAGGGAUCAUUCUAAAUAUUAUACAAGUCACUCACAAACCUUGGUCCCUUGGAACACCAGUCGGGCAGACGCCAUCGUUGGUAUGAAUUAGUUCUGAUUUAGUCUUAGUGUUCAGCUUUUAUUAAUAAGGUGUUCUUUAUUUCUUACGACCAAAUUUUGUUUUACAAUGGCAAUAGAUAAUUUGCCCUUAUCUUGGAUUUGCCUUAGCCUUACUACAGUCGUCUAUACAAUUAUUAUUGCUUA